GUCAGUGGACCCAGAGUGUUGAGGAGGUGGAUGUGAAUGAACGGUGCAGCAAACGCUUCAUGGACAUGCUCUACUCCCAGAGCGAGGAGGAGGAGAGGGUGAAGGAGAAAGGAGUGGCGGGAAAGGCCAACCAGGAAGCCGUCCGACCGCCUGGCGAGGGAGAGGAGAGCAAGAGCGCCCCGAAAAACGACUCCCCAGAAAAACACCCGAAAAAAACAGAAUCUCACUCAAACGUCAGAGUGUUCGCUGAACGUUUCGGCGAUCUAGUAAAGGGACUGGGCUCGCCUCACCCCCUCCUCCAUAUUCCCCGUCACAAGGCCCCCGUUGGAGAACAAGAGAAGCCCCCUCCACCUCCCCCUAAGAAGGAGUCGGAUACCAUCUGGGACCAGCUCCUGGCCAGUCCUAGGGAGCUGCGCAUCGGAGACAUUGACUUCACGGACCUGAAAGAAGAAGACGACGAAGACAUUCUGGAUGCCGGUCUGAUGGGAGGUUCAGACUCUCUGUGUCCCCCUCCUCCCCCACCCCCCAACCCCUACCUCCCUAACCCUUACUGCCCUCCUCCCCCACCCCUGUUCGGCUGCCAGCCACCACCCUCCGUGCCUCCUCAACCCCCCUUCUCCCCCACGGCCUCCGCCCCUCCACCUCCUUCAGAACCACCUCUGUUCCAGAAGAAGAAGACUAUCAGGUUGUUCUGGAGUGAGGUGGGUGUUUCUAGACAACUCUCUUAAGGGUUGAACUUGGAGCAGUAUUUAAAGGGAACAUUUUAUCGAAACAGGCUCCUUUCAAUCCCCUUUUAUUUGGCAUUCAAUCUUCUAUCAUUGCUGGCAUUACUCUUUUACAUUACAGUGUGCCUUGAGCAAAAUAAAUCACAUUUACUGAUUCCAUCCAUUAAUAUAUUGGUUGUGAGUUAAUGCAGAACCUGUGGUUCUGUCCCUAAGGGGUUAAACGUAUACAGUGUUAAGGGAUUGAAUGGAGACUCGUCUUGAAAAGGUCAUGCAGCCAAAACAUCUUCUUGUACUUGGGUUUCAAUCAUGUGUAGUCAGCAAAAUCAUGCUUUGCUGCCAAUGCCUGAUAAUUUAUCCUUUACCGAACACUAUCCAUUCAAAUAUCCAUUAAUCUAUUGGUUAUGGUUGUGUCCAAGUCAUUAAUAUAUUGGUUGUGGUUGUGUCCAAGUCAUUAAUGUAUUGGUUGUGGUUGUGUUCAGGUCAUUAAUCUAUUGGUUGUGGUUGUGUCCAAGUCAUUAAUGUAUUGGUUGUGGUUGUGUCCAGGUCAUUCAUCUAUUGGUUGUGGUUGUGUUCCAGGUCAUUAAUCUAUUGGUUGUGGUUGUGUUCCAGGUCAUUAAUAUAUUGGUUGUGGUUGUGUUCCAGGUCAUUAAUCUAUUGGUUGUGGUUGUGUUCCAGGUCAUUAAUCUAUUGGUUGUGGUUGUGUCCAAGUCAUUAAUAUAUUGGUUGUGGUUGUGUUCCAGGUCAUUAAUCUAUUGGUUGAUGUUGUGUCCAGGUCAUUAAUCUAUUGGUUGAUGUUGUGUCCAGGUCAUUAAUCUAUUGGUUGAUGUUGUGUUCCAGGUCAUUAAUCUAUUGGUUGAUGUUGUGUUCCAGGUCAUUAAUCUAUUGGUUGAUGUUGUGUCCAGGUCAUUAAUCUAUUGGUUGAUGUUGUGUUCCAGGUCAUUAAUCUAUUGGUUGAUGUUGUGUUCCAGGUGCGUCCGUCAGACUACCAGGACAUUAGCAGCAGGAGCAGUGGAGACUCUCUGUGGAUCAAACUAGAGCCAGUCAAGAUAGACACGUCCAGACUAGAACAACUCUUCCAGACCAAGUCCAAGGAGAUACCUGUCACCAAGGUAACCACACACACCUUGUCCACUCAAAAUACAACCUAACAAGGAUGUUAGACAUCAAGACUGAAGGGACCACAGCUAAAGUUCAUGAGAAUUCAGCUAUCACGUUAAAGCCUUGUCUACGUGUGUGUAGACGGAUCCUUCCGUGGAAGGCCCCGUAAACCCCCUAAUAUCCUAUAAUAGGUAAGGUCUGGAUAGGAGAGACUGGGGGCUCAAUGCUAGCCUCUGGCACUUUUUAAUUAGAGACACUGCUCAAAACCACAACUGUUGUUAAAUUUGCGGGGGGCGCAGAUGGAGGGGCUGGGUGGAGCAGUGGCGGGGGUGGCAGGUGGGUCUUAGCACCUGUACUGUUUAAUGUUAUAACUGGUUGAUGUGACCAGGAUGUUAUAACUGGUUGAUGCGACCAGGAUGUUAUAACUGGUUGAUGCGACCAGGAUGUUAUAACUGGUUGAUGCGACCAGGAUGUUAUAACUGGUUGAUGCGACCAGGAUGUUAUAACUGGUUGAUGCGACCAGGAUGUUAUAACUGGUUGAUGCGACCAGGAUGUUAUAACUGGUUGAUGCGACCAGGAUGUUAUAACUGGUUGAUGUGACCAGGAUGUUAUAACUGGUUGAUGCGACCAGGAUGUUUGAUGCGACCAGGAUGUUAUAACUGGUUGAUGCGACCAGGAUGUUAUAACUGGUUGAUGCGACCAGGAUGUUAUAACUGGUUGAUGCGACCAGGAUGUUUAAUGUGACCAGGAUGUCAUUAUAGGUUUUCAGCCAGCAUGUUAAAGUGAGUUUUUCCCCUUGUUAUUUCUCCGUCAAUACUCCACAGUAUGAAAAAUGUAUGCACUCACUAACUGUAAGUCGCUCUGGAUAAGAGCGUCUGCUAAAAUGACUAAAAUGUACAAAUGUAAUUAUGGAACGAAAUUUGGCACAUCGGUUGAGAACUCAGUUCCUUAAAUGGUCAGCAGAUGAUCUGCUCACUAGUUUUCUUGCUGGAAGGAUGUAUAGAAAUGUCGCAUUCUCCCGUAGAGGUUCUCUAAGAGGACAUUUAAGAAAUCCCACUAAUUUGUGAACAGUGACGUUCGAAUGACCGAGGACAAUUAGCUAUCAAAAGUGCCUUCCGUUUGAAUAUCUGAGAGAAGUGAUGUUGAUGUAAUUAUGAAGGAAAGCUAACUGAUUACAUGGAGGCCAACAGGGUAAAUAUUUCAUUUUUUUGUUGAAGGAGAAACAGAGUUAGGAUUACAGUUCACACAGUCUCAUUCAAAGUGAGAAAUGUACCGAUGCAAAACUGAAACCUAGCCACUCUCUCAUAUAGCCCGAAAACAUUGGAGGGUUGCCCUCGGUCACAUUCAUUCGAGGCAGGCCUCUCCAGAGGAACACUGAGGGGGGGGAGAGAUGGAUAGAUGGGAAGGAGAGAAAAUUGACAUUGGUCUUAUCAGUAAGUUAUACCAGUAUAAAUACACAGGGCUCUACGCUGACCGUGUGUGUGUGCCUAACACGCUGACCAGACCACUCGCGUGCGUCAUCGCCCGCAUGUUGAUUUUGUCCACCCACACCAGACGCGAUCAGGACACGCAGGUUGAAAUAUCAAAAUGAACUCUGAACCAACUAUAUUAAUUUGGGGACAGGUCGAAAAGCACGAAACAUUUAUGCCAAUUUAGCUAGCUAGCUUGCUGUUGCUAGCUAAUUUUUCCUGGGAUAUAAACAUUGGGUUUUUAUUUGACCUGAAAUGCACACGGUCCUCUACUCCAACAAUUAAUCCACAGAUAAAAGGGGAAACAGAGUUAGUUUCUAGUAAUCUCUCCUCCUUUAGUCUUCUUCUUUGGACUUUAUAUGGCGGUUGGCAACCAACUUUAAGGUGCAUUACCACCACCAACUGGACUGGAGUGUGGACCUCAGUUCAUCUUUCAAUCACCCACGUGGGUAUGGGAGAGGCGGGACUUGCAGCGCGUCAAGCGUCACAAAUAGAAGCAAGUUCUAUUUUAGCGCCUGGCUACGCAGACGCUCGUUGACGCGCACGAUCAGUGUGGGUGCAGUGUUUUGAAUAACAUGUAUGUGUACAUUUAUUUUGCAAUGCUCGCGCACGCGACGGGAGCGGUGUGGUCAGUGUGUCAGUUGAAGAAAUGUAAGAAAACAGAAACAAAUGUUGCCGGGCAAUGAAAACGAUAUGUGGUAAUAAAGCUAGAAUACUUAAUUUUUCUAGGCGCACUGGUGCUCCUAAAUUAAAAUUCCAGGCAUUGAUUUAGCCAUUUAGAGAUUAAGGAGCUGAAGGGAGGAUACUCACGUGUACACAGAGAGGAAGCCAUAGGUGGAGUUGAAUCCGUACGUCUCCUAGUUUAACAUCUCACUGGAAUCCCAGACAUUAGACUAGCAGAGAGAGAGAUACAAAUAAAAUGCAAUGUUAUUUGUCACAUACAACAGGCGUAGACUUUACAGUGAAAUGCUUACUUACGAGCCCGUUACCAACAAUGCAGAGUUAAAAAGUAAGAAAAAUAUUUGCUAAAUGAAAAAGGAGACAGUAACACCAUAAAAACAAUAACAAGGCUAUAUACAAAGGGGUACCAGUACUGAGUCAAUGUGCAGGAGUACGAGGUAAUGGAGGUAAUACAGUACGCACAUGUAGGUAUAUAAAUAUAUAUAUAUAUAAGUGACUAGGCAAUCAGGAUACAAAAUAAACAGACUAGUAGCAGUGUGUGUGAAGAGUGUGAAAGUGUGUCUAUGUGUGAGUGUGAGUCAGUGGAGGCUCCUCAGAGGAGGAAGGGGAGGACCAUCCUCCUCAGGGAAUUUCUAUAGCUAUGGCUAUCCAACACUGGAACUCUUCCAAGUCAAGGUCAGCUUUUGGUUUUAUUAAAUGAUUGCCACCAGGGGCCCACCGGUGUAACUGCUAAACUGCUUGCUGACUGUACACUGUGUACUGCAUGAUUGUAGCGGGUUUACUAACGUGUUAGUUCUAGUGGCUAUGUUGACUAUGGCGUUAGCUAAUAAUGUUGGCAAUGAUGUAAGCUGUGUGUAGCGGUUAGCGGUUAAGAUACAGAAUAAAGGUUUGGCUUGGAAAUAUUUUUUUGGGCCUGGUCACAGACAGCUGAUGUGUUGUGCACUGAAGUCCGUAAUCGAAGGGAAAAAUGUGAGAGGAGGUGCGAGAAUCAAGUGAUCAUGCUGUUUUGUAUGUGGCUGCGAUGAAAGUGAACUGUGUUUGCGUGUGAUCAGGGGUGUCAUCUUAAACAGCAUCAACCGACACUGGUGUGUGUGUGUGUGUGUGUGUGUGUGUGUGUGUGUGUGUGUGUGUGUGUGUGUGUGUGUUGGAGUGUCAGUGUAGUAUGUGUUGAGUGCGUGAGCCAGUACAAGAGAGUCAGUGCAAAGAAAAUUACAAUAAAUAAAUACUAAAGGGGGUCAAAUCAGUGGAGCCGGCUGAUCGGGAGGACGGCUCAUACUAAUGGCUGAAACGGAGCAAAUGGAAUGGAAUCAAACACCUGGAAACCAUGUGUUUGAUGUAUUUGAUACCAUUCCACUAAUACCGCUCCAGCCAUUACCACGAGCCCGUCCUCCCCAAUUAAGGUGCCACCAACCUGUGAUGUGUUUAGUCCGGGUGGCCAUUUGAUUAACUGUUCAGCAGUCUUAUGGCGUCGGGGUAGAAGCUAUUCAGGAGCAUUUUGAUCCCAGACUUGGCGCUCCGUUACCAUUUGCCGUGCGGUAGCAGAGAGAACAGUCUAUGACUUGGAUGGCUAGAGUAUUUGUGUCACGCCCUGGCUCUGGGGACACUGUUAUGUUGAGCCAGGGUGUGUAAUUCUAUGUUUGUAUUUCUAUGUUGGCCUGAGUGACUCCCAAUCAGAGGCAACGAGUGUCAGCUGGUUGUCUCUGAUUGGGAGCCAUAUUUAACUGUCUGUCUUUCACUUUGUGUUUGUGGUUUCUUGUUCUUAUUUGGUUUGUGUUCAACCGUAGACAUCACGUUUUCGUCUGUUGUUUUGAUCGUGUGAUCAUUCUAAUAAAUAUAAUGUUCGCAUUCAACGCUGCGCCUUGGUCUCUCCCUGACGAUCGUGACAGAAGAAACCACCAAAACCGGACCAAGCAACGUGUCCAGGAGCCAUCGCUAGCAGAUCUCCGUGGCAACCUCGACUGGGUCAAGCCUAGUGAGGAGCAGAGAGAGUGGACUUGGGAACAGUUGAGGAAGAGCUUCGACUGGGUCAAGCCCAUUGAGGAGCUGAAUAGCGGGAGUUGGAGACAGAAGAGCGAGAGUUGGGCGAGAACGAUAGAGGCCUGGCCCACGGGGAGGAGAGACCCCCAGAAAUUUUUUAGGGGGGGGCUCACGACGUCGGGGCAGCAGGAGGCCGCGAUAGAGCGGUCCAGCGGGUUGGCAGAGGAGGCCGCCAGGUUACGGGGGCCACUGGUCGAAGAGGGGAUGGAAGGUGGAGAGGCACGGCGAGAGGUACUGGGGUGUGUUACCAGUCCGGUCCGGCCCGUUCCAGAUCCCGGUGUAGGGCCAGUGGUGUGUGUCCCCAGUACGGUCCGGUCUGUUCCUGCUCCCCACACCAAGUCAGUGGUGCGCUUCGUCAGCCCGGCUCGGCCCGUUCCUGCUCCCCGCACCAAGUCAGUGGUGCGCUUCGUCAGCCCGGCUCGGCCCGUUCCUGCUCCCCGCACCAAGUCAGUGGUGCGCUUCGUCAGCCCGGCUCGGUCCGUUCCUGCUCCCCGCACCAAGUCAGUGGUGCGCUUCGUCAGCCCGGCUCGGCCCAUUCCUGCUCCCCGCACCAAGUCUGUGGUGCGUUUCGUCAGCCCUGUCCGGCCCGUUCCUGCUCUCCGCACCAAGUCUGUGGUGCGCGUCGCCAGCCCAGUCCGGCCCAUUCCUGCUCCCCGCACCAAGUCUGUGGUGCGUUUCGUCAGCCCGGCUCGGCCCGUUCCUGCUCCCCGCACCAAGUCUACGGUGCGUGUCGCCAGCUCGGCCCGGCCUGCUCCCCGCACCAAGUCAGUGGUGCGUUUCGUCAGCCCUGUCCGGCCCGCUCCUGCUCCCCACACCAAGCCAGUGGUGUGCGUCGUCAGUCCAGCACGGCCCGUGCCUGUUCCACUGGUGCCUGGUCCGGCACCGGUCAGAUGCGUUACGCCGGAGCUAGAGCAAUCCGCUCCAUCAGUGUGCAGUCCAGCUCCGGCCAGCGGGGCCAGACCGGACCAGGGGUACUUUGGGGGGUUGGAGAGGGAGUGGGGAUCAGGCCCGGAGCCGGAUCCGCCGCCAAGGCGGAGUGCCCACCCGGUCCCUCCCCUGUGGUAUUUAGAUGGCGCGGUCGGAGUCUGCGCCUUUAGGGGGGGGUACUGUCACGCCCUGGCUCUGGGGACACUGUUAUGUUGAGCCAGGGUGUGUAAUUCUAUGUUUGUAUUUCUAUGUUGGCCUGAGUGACUCCCAAUCAGAGGCAACGAGUGUCAGCUGGUUGUCUCUGAUUGGGAGCCAUAUUUAACUGUCUGUCUUUCACUUUGUGUUUGUGGUUUCUUGUUCUUAUUUGGUUUGUGUUCAACCGUAGACAUCACGUUUUCGUCUGUUGUUUUGAUCGUGUGAUCAUUCUAAUAAAUAUAAUGUUCGCAUUCAACGCUGCGCCUUGGUCUCUCCCUGACGAUCGUGACAAUUUGGGCCUUCCUUUUGACACCGCCUGGUAUAGAGGUCCUGGAUGGCAGGGAGUUCGGCCCCAGUGAUGUACUGGGCCAUACGCACUACCCUCUGUAGUGCCUUGUGGUUGACUGCAGAGCUGUUGCCGUACCAAGCGGUGAUGCAGCCAGUCAAGAUGCUCUCAAUGGUGCAGCUGUAUAACUUUUUGAGGAUCUGAGGGCCCAUGCCACAUCUUUUCAGCCUCCUGAGGGGUAAAGUCAUUGUCGUGCCCUCUUCACGGCUGUGUUGGUGUGUUUGGACCAUGAUAGACCCUUAGUGAUGCAGACACCAAAGAACUUGACGCUGUCAACACGCUUCACCACAGCCCCGUCAAUGUGAAUGGGGGCGUGUUCGGCCCUCCGUUUUCCUGUAGUCCACGAUAAGAUCCAUUGUCUUGCUGACGCUGAGGGAGACGUUGUUGUCCUGGCACCACACUGCCAGGUCUCUGACCUCCUCCCUAUAGGCUGUCUCACCAUCGUCGGUGAUCAGGCCUACCACCGUCUUGUCGUCUGCAAACUUAAUGAUGGUGUUGGAGGGGACUGAGCACGCACCCCUGAGGGGCCCCCAUGUUGAGGGUCAGUGUGGCAGAUGUGUUGUUGCCUACCCUCACCACCUGGCUGCGGCCCGUCAGGAAGUCCAAGAUCCAGUUGCAGAGGGAAGUGCUAAGUCCCAGGGUCCUUAGCUUAGUGAUGAGCUUUGAGGGCACUAUGGUUUUGAACGCUGAGCUGUAGUCAAUGAACAGCAUUCUCACAUAGGUGUUCCUUUUGUCCAGGUGGGAAAGGGCAGUGUGGAGUGCAAUAGAGAUUACGUCAUCUGUGGAUCUGUUGGAGUGGUAUGCAUCCAGGGUUUCUGGGAUAAUGGUGUUGAUGUGAGCCAUGACCAGCCUUUCAAAGCAUUUCAUGGCUUUGGAGCGGUAGUCAGUUAGACAGGUUAUACUGUGGGGACGACGUCGUUGAUGCACUUAUUAAUGAAGCCGGUGACUGAUGUGGUAAACUCCUCAAUUCCAUUGGAUGAAUCCCAGAACAUAUUCCAGUCUGUGCUAGCAAAACAGUCCCAUAGCUUAGCAUCUGCUUCAUAGGACCACUUCCGUAUUGAGCACUUCACUGGUACUUCCUGUUUGAGUUUUUGCUUGUAAGCAGAAAUCUGGAGGAUAGAGUUAUGGUCAGAUUUGCCAAAUGGAGGGCGAGACCCCUUGACUUUUUAAUUUGUUUUUUUUCCCUCAUCAAUCUACACACAUUACCCCAUAAUGACAAAGCAAAAACAGUUUUUUUGAAAUAUUUGCAAAUUGAUUACAAAUAAAAGAAACAGAAAUAUCACAUUUACACAGACCCUUUACUCAGUACAUUCUUGAAGCACCUUUGGCAGCAAUUACAGCCUCAAGUCUUCUUGGGUAUGACACUACAAGCUUGGCACACCUGUAUUUGGGGAGUUUCUCCCAUUCUUCUCCGCAGAUCCUCUCAAGCUCUGUCAGGUUGGAUGGGGAACGUCGCUGCACAGCUAUUUUCAGGUCUCUCCAGAGAUGUUCAAUCAGGUUCAAGUCCUGGCUCUGGCUGGGCCACUCACAGACAUUCAGAGACUUGUGUGUUUAGGGUCGUUGUGCUGUUGGAAGGUGAACCUUCGCCCCAGUCUGAGGUCCUGAGGGCUCUGGAGCAGGUUUUCAUCAAGGAUUGCUCUGUACUUUUCUCAGUUCAUCUUUCCCUCGAUCCUGACCAGUCUUCCAGUCCCUGCCGCUGAAAAACAUCCCCACAGCAUGAUGCUGCCACCACCAUGCUUCACCGUAGUGACAUAACACUUGGCAUUCAGGCCAAAGAGUUCAAUCUUGGUUUCAUCAGACCAGAGAAUCUUGUUUCCCAUGGUCUGAGAUUCCUUUAGGUGACUUUUAGCAAACUCCAAGUGGACUGUCAUGUGCCUUUUACUGAGAAGUGGCUUCCGUCUGGCUACUCUACCAUAAAGACCUGAUUGGUGGAGUGCUGCAGAGAUUGUUGUCUUUCUGGAAGGUUCUCCCAUCUCCACAGAGGAACUCUGGAGCUCUGUCAGAGUGACCAUCGGGUUCUUGGUCACCUCCCUGACCAAGGCCCUUCUCCCCCAAUUGCUCAGUUUGACCGGGUGGCCAGCUCUAGGAAGAGUCUUGGUGGUUCCAAUCUUCUUCCAUUUAAGAAUGAGGGAGGCCACUGUGUUCUUGGGGACUUUCAAUGCUGCAGAAAUGUUUUGGUACCCUUCCCCAGAUCUGUGCCUCGACACAAUCCUGUCUCUGAGCUCUACGGACAAGUCCUUCAACCUCAUGGCUUGGUUUUUGCUCUGCCAUGCACUGUCAACUGUGGGACCUUAAAUAGACAGGUGUGUGCCUUUCCAAAUCAUGUCCAAUCAAUUGAAUUUACCACAGGUUGACUCCAAUCAAGUUGUAGAAACAUCUCAAGGGUGAUUAAUUGAAACAGUAUGCACCUGAGCUCAAUUUCGAGUCUCAAAGCAAAGGGUCUGAAUACUUAUGUAAAUAAGGUAUUUCAGUUUUCUUUUUUUAUUAUUUGCAGAAAUGUCUAAAAACUAGUUUUCGCUUUGUCAUUAUGGGGUAUUGUGUGUAGAUGGAUGAACAUGUUUUAUUUAAUCAAUUUUAGAAUAAGGUAAGCUGUUACGUAACAAAUUGUGGGAAAAGGGAAGGGCUCUGAAUACUUUCCGAAUGCACUGUAUAGAGAAUGAGUCUUGCACACUACUCGUAUCCAGUCAGUCAGUCAAUCAAAUUGAUUUAUAAAUCCCUUACAUCAGCAGUUGUCGCAAAGUGCUUUCAAAGUGCAUCAUGAAUAGUGAACUAUAAUAUGCGGAUAUUUUGACAUACCGUAUUUUCCGCACUAUAAGGCGCACCGGAUUAUAAGGCGCACCUUCAAUGAAUGGCCUAUUUUAGAACUGUUUUCUUAUCUAGGGCGCACCGGAUUAUAAGGCGCAUAGAAUAGAAGAUACUGAAGUCAAACGUUUGACUGGGGUUGCGUUAUGCAUCCACUAGAUGGAGCUGUGCUAAAGGGAAUGUCAACAAAACAGUCAGAUAAAGUCAAACUUUAUUAAGCGUUCUGACAACUCCGUUCACUCCCAUGGUAACGUUGUUCAAACGUUAAUGUGCAUAUUAACAAUAUCUCCCAGCCUUGCUCACUCUUCUCCCAAACGUGGAGGGGAACUUUUCCCUGAUUCAGUAAACACGUAGUAAAAGAAACAGUCUGAUACCACUAAAUCAAACGUUAGUGCAUAACUCAACAUUGUUCAGUUACGUAUAACACGUAAGGCUCACUUUUUCAGUUCAUUCCCCGUCCACGAAUCCAUCGAAUUCUUCUUCUUCAGUGUCCGAAUUGAACGGAAACUCUGUUUAGUCUUCUUUACUUGGCGCAGGUCAUCGUCUUGCUUCCUCCACUUCCGUACCAUUGAUUCAUUAAUGUUGAAUUCUCUCGCUGCUGCUCUAUUCCCAUAUUCUACUGCGUGACCGACAGCCUUGAGCUUGAACUCUGCGUCGUAAGCGUGUCUCUUGAAAGGUGCCAUUUUGGGGUCUUUAUACACACACAAGUGGUGUGGGACUGUGAGUAAGCACAGCACCGGUGUUUACUGACUACGGUAGCCGUAAUGCUGCAAGUGGUGCGGCUUUGUAGUUUACCAGUCGUACUGAAACAUUUCAUUAUUAUUAAAUUGUUUUUAUUGUUUUUUCAUGCUGAAACAUUUUGACAGAGCGCCUUGAGCACCGUGUACAACCAGCAUGGAUCAACCAAUUAACCAAUUGAUCCAUAUAUAAGGCGCUCCGGAUUAUAAGGCGCACUGUCGUUUUUUGAGAAAAUUAAAGGCUUUUAAGUGCGCCUUAUAGUGCGGAAAAUACGGUAGUCAGAAAACAGCCUCUGUGACCUCUCAGUAACCUGUGUCUUUCUGUCUGUCCUUCUGUUUGUUGCAUCAGAAAACAGCCUCUGUGACCUCUCAGUAACCUGUGUCUGUCUGUCUGUCUGUCUGUCUGUCUGUCUGUCUAUUGUUCCAUCAGAAAACGGCGGCGGACGGUAAACGUCAGGAGGUCAUCGUUCUGGACUCCAAGAGGAGUAACGCCAUCAACAUCGGACUGACCGUCCUGCCUCCUCCUCGCACCAUCAAGACCGCCAUCCUCAACUUUGACGAGUACGCACUCAACAAGGAGGGCAUCGAGGUGAGAUGAUGAUGAUGAUGAUGAAGAUGAUGAGGCAAAUAUACAAAUAAAAACAAAAAACAACAUUUUAAGUGAGAAUAGGCAUUGGCGUGAAGCCGAAAAAUAAAGGAAAUUCACAUGAGCACCACAAUGCCUAUUCCACCCAUGCUCUACCAAGGUUUUCCAGCCCACAGCUUUGACCUACUACAGUAGCUAUGUUGGUAUUGUACUUCAAACUAUGUGUAGGCAGGUUGCUUAGGAUUCAAACCUUCUCCAACAGCCUAAUUCAUACUCUUAGACGAGGUGCUUCCACAGUAAUGUGGUUUGUACCGCAUACAAGGUAAAGUAUUGGCUUCUUCACACACCACAGUAAGACAUUAUCCCAUAAUGCUACCUUUUCAUGCUUAAAUUAUUUUUUUUAUGAAUGUAAGCUUUGCUUUUCUACUUACAAGACCAUCAGGCUUGAUUGAGCUGUUUUGUCUUGUAGUAAUGUGGUGCAUGCCUGUAUUUCCUUAAACCUUAAUUUUAGCACAACAUGUCAUUGAAAAAAAAUAAUUAUUUAAAAAUCAUACAAUGUGAUUUUCUGGAUGUUUUAGAUUUUGUACGUUUGCCCACUGACAAAGAAAUGAUCAGUCUAUAAUUUUAAUGGUAGGUUUAUUUGAACAGUGAGAGACAGAAUAACAAAAAAAAAUCCCAAAAAUGUAUAAAUUGAUUUGCAUUUUAAUGAGGGAAAUAAGUAUUUGACCCCCUCUCAAUCAGAAAGAUUUCUGGCUCCCAGGUGUCUUUUAUACAGGUAACGAGCUGAGAUUUGGAGCACAUUCUCAAACAUGGAGGUGGAAACAUUAUGCUUUGGGGGUGUUUUUCUGCUAAGGGGACAGGACAACUUCACCGCAUCAAAGGGACGAUGGUCGGGGCCAUGUACCGUCAAAUCUGGGUGAGAACCUCCUUCCCUCAGCCAGGGCAUUGAAAAUGGGUCGUGGAUGGGUAUUCCAGCAUGACAAUGACCCAAAACACACGGCCAAGGCAACAAAGGAGUGGCUCCAGAAGAAGCACAUUAAGGUCCUGGAGUGGCCUAGCCAGUCUCCAGACCUUAAUCCCAUAGAAAAUCUGUGGAGGGAGCUGAAGGUUCGAGUUGUCAAACGUCAGGCUCGAAACCUUAAUGACUUGGAGAAGAUCUGCAAAGAGGAGUGGGACAAAAUCCCUCCUGAGAUGUGUGCAAACCUGGUGGCCAACUACAAGAAAGAUCUGACCUCUGUGAUUGCCAACAAGGGUUUUUCCACCAAGUACUAAGUCAUGUUUUGCAGAGGGGUCAAAUACUUAAUUCCCUCAUUUAAAAUGCAAAUCAAUUUAUAACAUUUUUGACAUGCGUUUUUCUGGAUUUUGUUGUUGUUAUUCUGUCUCUCACUGUUCAAAUAAACAUAACAUUAAAAUUAUAGACUGAUCAUGUCUUUGUCAGUGGGCAAACGUACAAAAUCAACAGGGGAUCAAAUACUUUUUUCCCUCACUGUACACUAAGUUGACUGUGCCUUUUAAACAGCUUGGAAAAUUCCAGAAAAUGAUAUCAUGGCUUUAGAAGCUUCUGAUAGGCUAAUUGACAUCAUUUGAGUCAAUUGGAGGUGUACAUGUGGAUGUAUUUCAAGGCCUACCUUCAAACUCAUUGCCUCUUUGCUUGACAUCAUGAAAAGAAAUCAGCCAAGACCUCAGAAUUUUUUUUUAGACCUCCACAAGUCUGGUUCAUCCUUGGGAGCAAUUUCCAAACGCCUGAAGGUACCACGUUCAUCUGUACAAACAAUAGUAUGCAAGUAUAAACACCAUGGGACCACGCAGCCGUCAUACCACUCAGGAAGGAGACGCGUUCUGUCUCCUAGAGAUGAACGUACUUUGGUGCGAAAAGUGCAAAUCAAUCCCAGAACAACGGCAAAGGACCUUGUGAAGAUGCUGGAGGAAACAGGUACAAAAGUAUCUAUAUCCACAGUUAAACAAGUCCUAUAUCGAUAUAACCUGAAAGGCCACUCAGCAAGGAAGAAGCCACUGCUCCAAAACCGCCAUAAAAAGGCCAGACUACGGUUUGCAACUGCACAUGGGGACAAAGAUCGUACUUUUUGGAGAAAUGUCCUCUGGUCUGAUGAAACAAAAAUAGAACUGUUUGGCCAUAAUGACCAUCGUUAUGUUUGGAGGAAAAAGGGGGUUGCUUGCAAGCCGAAGAACGCCAUCCCAACCGUGAAGCACGGGGGUGGCAGCAUCAUGCUGUGGGGGUGCUUUGCUGCAAGAGGGACUAGUGCACUUCACAAAAUAGAUGGCAUCAUGAGGAAGGAAAAUGAUGUGGAUAUAUUGAAGCAACAUAAUAAUAAUAAUAAAAUGCCAUUUAGCAGACGCUUUUAUCCAAAGCGACUUACAGUCAUGUGUGCAUACAUUUUCACGUAUGGGUGGUCCCGGGGAUCGAACCCACUACCCUGGCAUUACAAGCGCCAUGCUCUACCAAUUGAGCUACAGAGGACCACAUCUCAAGACAUCAUUCAGGAAGUUAAAGCUUGGUCGCAAAUGGGUCUUCCAAAUGCACAAUGACCCCAAGCAUACUUCCAAAGUUGUGGCAAAAUGGCUUAAGGACAACAAAGUCAAGGUAUUGGAGUGGCCAUCACAAAGCCCUGACCUCAAUCCUAUAGAAAAUGUGUGGGCAGAACUGAAAAAGCGUGUGCGACCAAGGAGGCUUGCAAACCUGACUCAGUUACACCAGCUCUGUCAGGAGGAAUGGGGCAAAAUUCACCCAACGUAUUGUGGGAAGCUUGUAGAAGGCUACCUGAAAUGUUUGACCCAAGUUAAACAAUUUAAAGGCAAUGCUACCAAAUACUAAUUGCGUGUAUGUAAACUUCUGACCCACUGGGAAUGUGAUGAAAGAAAUAAAAGCUGAAAUAAAUCAUUCUCUCUACUAUUAUUCUGACAUUUCACAUUCUUAAAGUGAAGUGGUGAUCCUAACUGACCUAAGACAGGGACUUUUUACUAGGAUUAAAUUGUGAAAUACUGAGUUUAAAUGUAUUUGCCUAAGGUGUAGGUAAACUUACGACUUCAACUGUACGUCUCGUGUCUGAGCCGUUGAAUUGCGACUCUAUACUGAUGUUUUGCCAGUUUAAUUACCACCCGAGCCACUGCCUGUUCACCCCACUAUCAUCCAGAAGACGAGGUCAGUACAGGUGCAUCAAAGCUGGGACCGAGAGAAUGAAAAAUAGCUUCUAUCUCAAGGCCAUCAGACUGUUAAAUAGCCAUCACUAGCACAUUAGAGGCUGCUGCUGCCUAUUGAAAUCACUGGCCACUUUAAGAAAUGGAACACUAGUCACUUUAAUAAUGUUUACAUAUCUUGCACUACUCAUCUCAUAUGUGUAUACUGUAUUCUAUAAUAUUCUACUGUAUCUUAGUCCAUGCCGCUCUGUCAUUGCUUGUCCAUAUAUGUAUAUGUUCUUAAAUCCCAUUCCUUACUAGUUUUGUGUUUAUUGGGUAUAUGUUGUGAAAUUGUUAGAUAUUACUUGUUAGAUAUUACUGCACUGUCGGAGCUAGAAGCACAAGCAUUUCGCUACACCCGCUAUAACAUCUGCUAAACACGUGUAUGUGACAAAUAACAUUUGAUUUGAUUUACAGUUGACCGGGGCAUCUCUAGCAGGACAGAAAUUUGACAAACUGACUUGUUGGAAAAGUGGCAUCCUAUGGCAGUGUCACGUUGAAAGUCACUGAGCUCUUCAGUGCGGGCCAUUCUACUGCCAAAUGUUUGUCUAUGGAGAUUGCAUGGCUGUGUGCUCGAUUUUCAUACACCUGUCAGCAACGGGUGUGGCUGACAUAGCCAAAUCCACCAAUUUGAAUGGGUGUCCACAUACUUUUGUACAUAUAAUGUAAUAUGUAGCUUUUUUUUUUUUUUUUACAUUUUAACAUUUUUAGUCAUUUAGCAGACACUCUUAUCCAGAGCGAUUUACAGUUAGUGAGUGCAUACAGCUUAUGUUAGUUAUGUUUGCAAUAAAGAUGGUGGCGCAACAAUACACAUUUACAAUAGGACUAUAUCUAAAAAUACAUACAGCCAAAUUAAUUAUUAUACAGGGAUAUUCCAGUAUACAUCAUUUAUAACAGUUAGAUGGUCUUUCUACAGUUACCCAGAGUUUAGUCAGUUCCAACAGUAGAUGGUCCUACAGUACCCAGGGUAGUCAGUCCAACAGUAGAUGGUCCUACAGUACCCAGGGUAGUCAGUCCAACAGUAGAUGGUCCACAGUACCCAGGGUUAGUCGUCCAAACAUGAUGGUCCACAGUACCCAGGGUAGUCGUCCAACAGUAGAUGGGGCUACCAGUACCCAGGGGUAUCAGUCCAACAGUAGAUGGUCCUACAGUACCCCGGGAGGGCAGUCCAACGUAGAUGGUCCUACAGUACCCAGGGUAGUCAGUCCACAGUAGAUGGUGCUACAGUUUCCAGGGUAGUCAGUCCAACAGUAGAUGGUCCUACAGUACCAGGGUAGUCAGUCCAACAGUAGAUGGUCCUACAGUACCCAGGGUAGUCAGUCCAACAGUAGAUGGUCUACAGUACCCAGGGUAGUCAGUCCAACAGUAGAUGGUCCUACAGUACCCAGGGUAGUCAGUCCAACAGUAGAUGGUCCUACAGUACCCAGGGUAGUCAGUCCAACAGUAGAUGGUCCUACAGUACCAGGGUAGUCAGUCCAACAGUAGAUGGUCCUACAGUACCCAGGGUAGUCAGUCCAACAGUAGAUGGUGCUACAGUACCCAGGGUAGUCAGUCCAACAGUAGAUGGUUCUACAGUACCCAGGGUAGUCAGUCCAACAGUAGAUGGUCCUACAGUACCCAGGGUAGUCAGUCCAACAGUAGAUGGUCCUACAGUACCCAGGGUAGUCAGUCCAACAGUAGAUGGUCCUACAGUACCCAGGGUAGUCAGUCCAACAGUAGAUGGUGUUACAGUACCCAGGGUAGUCAGUCCAACAGUAGAUGGUCCUACAGUACCCAGGGUAGUCAGUCCAACAGUAGAUGGUCCUACAGUACCCAGGGUAGUCAGUCCAACAGUAGAUGGUGUUACAGUACCCAGGGUAGUCAGUCCAACAGUAGAUGGUCCUACAGUACCCAGGGUAGUCAGUCCAACAGUAGAUGGUGUUACAGUACCCAGGGUAGUCAGUCCAACAGUAGAUGGUGUUACAGUACCCAGGGUAGUCAGUCCAACAGUAGAUGGUGCUACAGUACCCAGGGUAGUCAGUCCAACAGUAGAUGGUGUUACAGUACCCAGGGUAGUCAGGCCAAAGCUACUCCAUGUUGUUAAGAAUUCAAGCCAAUCACAGCGCAGCAUUAUUUAUAGCUUUAAACCAACCAGAGGGCAUCAUUAUUCGAUUAGGCGAAAAUUACAGGAUCUGUUGCGGCUUGGUUGAUGAAUGUGACUCCUCAAUUCAACUGAACUUAAGCAGAAUCUUCAGGACACCAAUCUUUCCAUCACCUCUGCUUACUCUUUAACCUCUCUUCCCUCCCCGUGUAGAAAAUCCUGACGAUGAUCCCUUCGGAGGAAGAGAAGCAGAAGAUCCAGGAGGCUCAGCAGGCCAACCCUGACGUCCCCCUGGGCUCGGCAGAACAGUUCCUCCUCACCCUGUCCUCCAUCAGCGAACUGUCAGCUAGACUACAGCUCUGGGCCUUCAAGAUGGACUAUGAGGCUAUAGAGAGGGUAUGUGCGGGGUGUUUGGAGAGAGAGUGUGUGUGUUUGUGUGUGUGUGUUUGUGUGGGGGGGGGGUAGUUUCUUUCUCUAAAAUUUUGUGCAAAAUUUGUUUCCAUCCCUGUUAGUGAGCAUUCAUCCUUUGCUAAGAUAAUCCAUCCACCUGACAGGUGUGGCAUAUCAAGAAGCUGAUUAAACUGCAUGAUCAUUUUUUUGCACAGUUGUGCAGUUUUAAAAU